ACCUAUAUAAAGUCGAGGUCUCAGGGAUGUUUCACAGCUCACACCUGCCCAGAAGCUUCCAGACGACGGUGCUCCUACACAGCUCGCUUUUAAGAUCAUGAACUCCUUGGUGAUUGCAGCGGUUGUAAUGUGUGGCCUGGUGGCCACAGUUCAGUGCGGUGGCUUCGGUGGAGGCCACAGCGUGAUCGUCGUCAAGGGCAUCCAGACAGGACACGGUGGCGGCGCAGGGUUCGGCCACGGAAGCGCAGCCUCGGCAACUACCGCGGGCUCCUCACAGCCGCAGGUGGUUCAGGGACCCACUUAUGUCGUCAAGACACUGCACCAGGUGAAGAAGGUUUCUCACGGUGGAGCCAUCGUUGGAGGUGGGUCAACCGGAGGUCAUUCUGGCGGAUACGGUGGUGGCUUCGGAUAUGGCGGUGCAUACUCUCAAGGCUACGGCGGCGGAUUCUCUGGAAGUUACGGCAGCUUCGGAAAGGGCUACGGCAGUCUUGGCCACGGCGGGUGGUGGUGAUUGCCAAUCAAUCAUGCUAUGCAGAAGCUAAUGUGACAUCAUCGGCCACACAUCAGCAUCGGGGCGACAGCGAUCAGCUGCAAUUAUGUAGUCUGAGAACGAUGUAAAUAAACGUCGACACA